GUUGGUGGGUGAUAACGGGACAGAUGUCUGCGGAUGUCGGGUUCAGAGAGUCCGCUCCAUCAGGUCGGACUCCAGGCCUGUCUUUGCGCAUGUCUCCUCCUUCCACUGCCUCUAAAAGGAAAGAAGGAAGGAAGGAAGGAAAGAGGAGGAAAUAAGGAGGCGAGCGCACAAAUACAAUGAUCCCUGAAGCUGGGAAAGAAAACCUGAAGGCCGACUGUCAGCAGUACGAAGUGAGCUACCGCCCCCGUUCUCCUCUCUCCUCUUCUCCGGAGACUGACCGGCUGAGCAGGAGGAGCAGGCGGGACACGCGGAACACCAGCGGCAGCAUCUUCCCGGGGGAGAGCGGCAGCAUCCGGCCCCUGGUCUCCUCGGCUGCGGCCGCCGCCACCUGCACCAUGACAUCGGGGGAGUUCAUGCAGAGCGCCCCGCUGCUGCUGGCGCACCGCUCCAAGAGGAGCCUCCUGUACAAGACGCUCAGCUUCCUGCUGCUCGUCUUUCAGGGCGGCGUCCUGGACUUCUACCUCAUCAUCUUCACGGAUCUGUACUGGUGCUCCUGGAUCGCCACGGACCUGGUGGUCAUCUCGGGCUGGGGCAUCUUUUUCAUGAAGAACGCGCGGAGCAAGAGGGAGCGCGCCUGCGGCUUCCACCAGAAGAGCUCCAUGUUCGGCUGCAACCUCGGGGAGUUCACGUACGCGUACCUGGCCUGGCUCAUCUACGUGAUCGCGUGCACGCCCAAGGUGGUGCUCAUCCUGGAGACCUCCAUCCUGGACCUGGUCUCGCUCAAGGUGCCGUUCGGGGCCACGGGCUUCAAGAUCGUGGUGCUGCUGUCGGCGCCGCUGCUCUUCUGCCUCAUCAACUCCAUCAUCGAGGACGUGAACGGCGCCACGCGGCACCACUCCCGCAGCUGCUUCAUCAGCACCUGCCUGGAUCUGCUGGACAGCUUCACGCUGCUGGAGAUGCUGCUGCGCAACGAGAUCCCCACCCUGUACCUGAAGUACACGGUCCUCUCCGCGUACUUCGUGGCCCUGGCCGUGCCCGUCAUCUGGCUGUACGAGCUGACCGCGUCCGAGCUGCGCUGCCGCUGGCUGUGGGCGCGCUUCUCCACGGGCGUCCUGGUCAACGCGCCGCUGCUGGUGGUGCGCUGCUUCCUGGUGUACGUGUACAACACCCCGGCCUCGCUCUUCAUGUUCAAGAACAUCUUCUUCCUGGCGUGCACGCUGCUGGAACUGCUGGAGCAGUGCGCGGCGGUGCGCGGGGUGCGGAGGUUGGCCGGAGGGAGCAACCAGGCCCAGUUCUCUCACUGCGUGUCCGAGAACGACAUGUGUCCGCACGGAUACGUCAACACCCUGGCCGUCACCCAGUCCUAGGUCCGGGAACUGUGGCAAUCCACUGGAUGAGUGGAUGAGCCGAGAGGUGACACGCGUGGGAUCUAUUUACACUUAAACCUCUGUCCCGGUGCUGACGGGGCAGAGGCGGUCCUAGCGCCCCUGGCGGUCAGGGCCCCCCGCCCCAAAACACCCUGACCCCUAAUGUUUUUUGGGGGAUUUUUUGUUUGUUUGACAUACACCAUCAUAACUAUAAAAAUGGGAAGUUUCAAAAUAUAAUAUAAUAAAUAAACCACAGGGAGUCAAAAAGUUCUAAGACUAUUUUAGAAAUAGAAAAAGUAUAAUCAGAAAUAUGACGUCACAUACGAUGAAGAUGAGUCUAGUACAUGGUCGAAAUGAAGACAUAGUGUGUGUUUAUAUUUACAAACUAUAUUCAUAUAUGGACAGCAGAGUAUUUACAUUCAGAACUGCAGUACAGCAUCUAUAUACAAAGUUUAUUUACUUCUCUUCGUCCCGUUCAUGUCCAAACACAAACGGUGUUUCCGUCAGAAAAAUGACGUCAUCUAAGCACCGAAAUCCGGUUCAUUUUCAAACUUUUUUUUUAGUUUUGUAGAAGAGAAAUCUGAUCAAAUUGAUCUAAACAUUUCAACAACCGGACACAAUGAUUAAAGACCUGUUUGAAGUUAUCAAUGCAGACCGUUUUGGAGAUAAAAACGCGUCUUAGAACUUUUUGACUUGAAAAACUAUACAAGACAAAUAUAUAUGUGUGUGUAUAUUAAUACACAACCGAACAGUUAAUUAUACAGAUAAUUGACAUCGGACUGUAUCAACAACAAAAACAACAACAGUUAACUAUAAAUCGCCUUUUCUCUGGCCUCG